AAAUACGAUGUGUAUAAAACUCUCCGUAAAUCGUAUACCUUGCUAUUACCGGCAAUCCUUCACGUCUUCCGCCCAUCACUCCACUCCGAUCCCUCUAGAUACUCGCAAAAAUCAUCUUCCUCCCCAACUUUCACCCAUCCAUGGCUAAAUUUCUUCGCCCUUUCUCUCCCAUUCUCUCUUUCUGCUUCAUUUCUCUGUUUUCCCCUGUUUUUCCGACGACAUUUACCAUAGUCAACGAGUGCAGCGAUACAAUUUGGCCUGGAAUUUUAUCAAACGCCGGAGCACCUAUGCCUGAGACCACCGGAUUCUCUCUGGGAAACGGGCAAUCCCGAGCCAUCGCUCUACCCGCGGGUUGGUCCGGCCGGCUAUGGGGACGGACCGGCUGCUCGCCGGACGCCACCACCGGGAGAUUCACUUGCGACAGCGGAGAUUGCGAUUCCGUGGCGGAGGAGUGUAAUGGAAAUGGAGCACAACCGCCGGCGACUUUGGCGGAAUUCACGCUCAACGGGUCGGACGGGUUGGACUUUUUUGACGUGAGCCUGGUUGACGGUUACAACUUACCUAUGCUCGUGGCCCCCACGGGUGGGGCCCAGGGGCACCCGAACUGUACGGAGAUCGGCUGCGCCGUCGAUAUGGACCGCGUUUGCCCGGCGGAGCUGCGGCUGCUCGACGGCCGCCGGAAGGUGGUGGGGUGCAAGAGCGCGUGCUUCGCCUUUGGCACGCCCGAGUACUGCUGCUCUGGAAGUUACGCGACUCCGGACACGUGCCGCCCCAGCAAUUACGCUGUGAACUUCAAGAGCGCGUGCCCACGCGCGUACAGCUAUGCUUACGACGACUCGACCAGUACCUUCACUUGCGCCUCCGCGGAUUACGUCAUUACUUUCUGCCCCACCUCUUCCCCCGCCACCAGUCAGAGGACAUCGGGAGGACAUCCGACGAGUCCCAGCAGUGGCGGUGGCGUGUCAGCUAUCGGCUUCUAUCAUCAGCAAAUUUUUGCCCUUUUCAUCACCAUCACCAUUUUAGCACUGCCAGCUUUUGAAUCAAUGUGGUUGCCCUAACAACCAUUAGCUAACCUUAAGGUUAAAAAACUAACAAAAGAGUCAUUUGUGAUACUAUACCUCAUGAAAGAAAUGCAAAUUAUGUAGUUUAUUAUGAUAUACUUCCUCCGUUCCCUUUUAAUUGCAACAGUCAACAUUUCACGUUUGCCAACGCACAAGUUUGACCAUUAAUAUCUUUCAUUCCUUAUUAGUAAAAAAUUUAAAAAAUUCAUAUUUUGAAAAUUUAGAAUGAGAAGAAUUUAAUAAUAUUUUUUUAAAAAAUAAUUUAUAAUACAUUAAUGAAUAAAAUAUAGUCAAAAUAGAAUACGUGAAUAGUGCAAAAAGUCCAAUGUUGCGAUUAAAAGAGAACGGAGGAUAGUAUUUGAACAUUGAAAAUAGAU